CAAAAGUUUAUCAUUCUCAUUUCGUGUUGGAGCUUCUACAGUUAAGUCCUGGUUUCCUCAAAAGCGGUACCGAUAAGUUGCGGCCGCAAUAAUGCGUUGAAUGACGACAGAUUGCGGUGGAAAAAUCAGGGUUAUUAAUUGCGGCAAAUAAAUGUGUAAACUCAGAAAGCGUCGCCAGUACCGUUUUGCGUUAAAAACAAUCGACAUGGACGAUCUCGAUGUUGCUCUUUUGGUAGUGUUAAAUGGAGAGGAAUUAGAUGAAGAGAUACAUAAAAGGAGUGAAUCUGACCUUUUUAAGAAAAUAACUACAGAGGGUGCUUACAAAAUUUUGAUUUGUCGCCAUCUAUAUACUAACGAAAAUAAGUUCAGGGAAUAUUUUCGUUUGACACCAGUCUUAUUUGAUUAUGUCUUGGGAUAUAUAAAAGAUGAUCUUUUUUCAAAACCAACAAAUCGUGUUCAAAAUCCAUUGAGUCCUGAGCAAAAAUUAUGCCUGCUUCUAAGGUAUGUAUUUCAUUAAUACUAACUACAUCAAACACAAAUACAGUAAAGUAAAGUAGCAUGUAUGUUUUGGUAAAUACACAUGUUUUGAUAAAUUUACAAAUUUAUAAAAUACUCUUGGCUGGGCUCCGCCAAUACUAAAGUAGCGGAUGCUCCUAUUGGUGUUACAGAAUCAUCGGAAACAAAUGUACUGUAUGAUGUUGAGCUACCUGCUGAUAAUGGUCCACGCCCAUAGUCAGCACUUGGCAAUGGUGAUAGAUGUUCUAUCUCUGCAUUUCCAACUAAAUUUCCAAUUUGCAUUCGAAGCCUAGCCUGAACGAUUUUUGGCAGCUUGCUAGUUAUUUUUGCUAUGGAUGCAAAGAAUAAAUCAUUUUCAUCCUGCUUUUCCAUUUUGUUUUGAUCUUGCCUUUCAGCUAUUUGUCUUAAUAUCUUCAAACGUUCAUCAGCAGGUGUGUAUGUAGUUGAACAUUUACGUUUAGUAACUUUUGGAGUUUUCUCAGUUUCAGCUCAAUUUUCUGGAAUAUCUAAAAUAUUGCUACUAGUGUCGUCUACAGUAAGUAAUUCAGACUGUUGUUGCUCUAUGUUGUUGCUCUCUUUACUGCAAUGAGCCGUGCUAUUUUUUACACUCUCCUGAGAUUCAGAAUUUUCUAUGUUGCUGAGAGUGCUGAAAAUAUAAUAAAGUUUGUAUUAUCAGCAAAAUAAGGUAACAUAAAUUUACCUUCUCUUGCCUGAAGAGAUACUAUCUAAAAAUGACAGCUGCUCAGAUCUUUUCUUUGCUGCUUCCCCAGGCGAACCCGUGCUAGGUUUGCCUCGUCUCUUUAUGUAAUAAUCUCUUACAUAUCCCCAUCUCUUGCUGCAGUCAUUAUCUAUAAAUAUAAAAAUAAAAAUAAAGAGGCAAGUGUUCUAAAUUACUACAUGUUAUUUUUUUAGGUUUUUGGCUACAGGAGAAUCAUUUCGAUCAUUGGCGUUUCAGUUUAGAAUAUGCCAUUCGUGGAUUAGUGUAAUAAUAAGGCAGGUUGCUGAAUCCAUUGUUGCAAGAAUGCUUACUUUGGUAAUGCCACAACCAACAGAGGAAAUGUUCAAAACCAUCUCUACGAAAUUUAGAUCUCUUUGGGAUUUUCCGAACUGUGUUGGAGCAAUUGAUGGUAAGCACAUUCGGAUAAAGGCUCCAAAAAAUAGUGGAUCUACUUUCUUCAACUACAAGGACUUUCAUUCUGUAGUGAUGUUGGCACUUGUAGAUGCAGAUAAUAAAUUUGUUGCAGUAGACAUAGGAUCGUACGGCAGAGAAGGAGAUGCAGGCAUAUAUUUAAAAAGUAGAGUUGGAAAAAAAAUUCUGAAAAAAGAAUUUAAUAUUCCACCGCCACAACAAUUGCCUGGCAUGAAUAUGCUGGUGCCCCAUGUUAUUCUCGGCGAUGAGGCAUUUGCUCUUCAUGAGCAUCUCAUUAAACCAUAUCCACGAAAUCAAUCAGUAAUUCAGUAAUCAGUAUAUCAAUCAGUUCUGAUAAAACUAAAGCAAUCUAUAAUUACCGACUUUCCCGAGCUCGCAGGACAACUGAAAAUACCUUUGGCAUUCCUCGUGCAUUUUUUCGGAUAUUUUUUCAGCCAAUUGCUACGCGUCCGGAAACCACGGAUAAACAAUGUGUGCCUGUAUUUUAUAUAAUCUUCUGCGAGAAGCAAAUAUUCUUCCGACAGUGACUAAUAGGACAGAGAAAUACUCACUUCCUACAGAAAAUUUACUUCCACUAAUUCACAACAACAUACGCGGGGCAAAUAUACCAGUUCAAAUUCGUGAGACAUUUAAAACGUAUUUUAAUGGACCCGGUGCUGUAGCAUGGCAGGAACAGCAUUACCGAGAAAACUAAAUCAAUCACAACAAUGUAAUAUAUUAAAAAUAUAUAUAUUUUUUUUUUAUGGUAAUGAGAAGUUGUAUUAUUGUAUUACCCGUUAU